UUAUGUCGUGGGAAGUGUUGAUAUUACAGCAACUAUGAAACGAUUGGGAAUACGAAUGGAAACCCCUUCUGUUAAUGCUACUUCAGGCUUGUUAUAUUCAAGUUCAAUUUUUGAUGUUAAUAAUGAUAUCAACAUAGUUCCUUGUUAUUUGAGCGGAACAGGUGUUAGUCCGAAGGAAGCUGGUGUUAAGGUUGAAAUUUAUUCAUUUGAACACGAUAAAGUGGACCCAGAUUUCUUGGUCGAAAAUAGUGGUCAACAUCAUUACAAUAAG